AUGGGCUAUGUAGUCAGAUUGAGAAGUUGGCUUUGUGUACUAGGUACAAAGAGGCAAUGGACCUGUUUUAAAUUUUGGGAACUUGAAGGUGAUGCUGCUAAUGUGGGUGGUAGCACUUAUGAUGCUUUGGUGAAUUUUUGUGUUGGCUUGAGGUCAAUUAGAGGGAUUAAGAGGGUGUUUAAUUAUAUGAUUAGUAAUGGGUUUGAGCCUGAUCUGUAUACGAUGAACAGGGUUUUGCAUAUGCAUGUGAGAUGUGGUCUCAUGCUUGAUGCACACAAGUUGUUUGCUGAUAUGCCUGAGAGAGACGCGGUUUCUUGGAUGACCUUGAUCGGUAGACUUGUGGACUCUGGGAAUUAUGCUGAAGCUUUUGAACAGUUUUUGUGCAUGUGGGAAGAGUUUAAUGACUGCAGGUCUCGCACUUUUGCCACCAUGGUUCGGGCAUCAUUCUGCGUUAGUUCGUCAUGGUUUUGGCUGAAUAUUGUGGCAAACACAGGGCUUGUUGACUUCUAUAGCAAAUUGGGUAGGAUGAAACAUUGUCAUUAA